AGAUUAGCAAGGCGAGUAUUUUGAAGGAGAAGGAGGCGGAGAUUUACGAAAAAUUUUGGUAUCCACAUUGAGCAGAAAAAAAAUGGGGAUUUGCUUUGCAGAAGGUGAAAGGCGGCCGCCUUGGGCGUGAUGCAUGUGCAUGAUAACAUACAACUUUGUCAUGCUGAUAAACUACAGACACGAUGCGGUCGCGGACGUCGUCCAGAUCAAUUUCGGUCUUAACACUGAAAAUAAUCGCAGUGAAAACCCCAAUUGCACAGAGCCCGCAUGUGCCAAAAGUCAGAGUGAAAUACAAAAAAUAAAUUCCGUCCGAGAAAAUAAAGAUCAUCCAGCAAAAGUUUUCAAGUCCAUACUUCUUUCUCCACUGUCCUGAUGGAGUUCGCGUUCCGGCAGCCGAAGGGGA